AUGAAAUCGAGUUUUAUGAGAAUAAAGAGAGUGACUGACCCGUUCGACGAGAAUGCGAAGGCGCGGAUCGUCGGCGGUUAUAUGACCCGACCCGAUUACGUCAGCAGCGGCAGCGGCAGCGACCACAGCGCGCAAGCCGACGAUGACGUCACCUCCUCGAACCUCUCCGCGCUCUUCAUCGGCUGCGGCGACGACGCAGAAGCGGCGGAACCGGCGGCGGAAGGCGGCGAGGGCGCGGAUGCGGAGCGGGAUCGGUCGAUUUCGGAGAGCGUUGAUCUGAUCGGGCGGAUCGUGGAGAAUGAGAGCGAUGCGUUUAGGAAUAAGCUUAGGGUUCAGGUUUGGAGAGCGGCGGAGAUAUUCGCGUGCCUGAGAUCGAACAAGCAGAUGAUGCGGAGGAAUGUGAUGGCGUAUUUGAGGAACUGCGGCUACAAUGCGGCGGUGUGCAAGACGAAGUGGGGGAGCUGCGGCGGUCUGACCGGCGGAAGCUACGAGUUCGUCGACGUCGUCGAUUCCGCGCCGGGGAAGACGAGGUACGUCGUCGAUUUUGAUUUCGCGGCGGAGUUCGCGAUCGCGCGGCCGACGAGCUCGUACGAGCGCCUGCUGAGGCGGAUGCCGGGGAUCUUCGUCGGAUCCGCCGAGGAAUUGAGGCAGAUUUUGAGAGCGGUGAGUGACGCCGCGAGGUGGUCGUUGAAGAGCGGCGGCCUCAUCAUGCCGCCGUGGAGGAAGCACCGGUUCAUGCAGAGCAAGUGGCUCGGACCGUACCGGCGGACGACGAGUCUCUUCUCGUCGCCGCCGGCGCCGGUGGCAAACCACAGUUACGUCGUCAAGUGCCGUGCCGUCGGUUUUGACGCCGUUAGCAGCGGCUGUUUGCUGUUUCCCGCGGCUGCGCGAACGAGAUGA